AUGGGAGAGCAUGCCUUCAGUCAAUCAUGGGAGUCAAAAAAUACGGGCCGCCCUUUAUUUGCGUAGCCAAUUAUUGUGCAGAAGAUAGACCAUACCUGUCAUAACACCACUUGCCCGCAUCUUGGAGAGGCUUUGAAGAUGAUGGUGACACAUGGACCAUCAUGGAGUAUCAACUCGGUGGAGAGACGCAGAUUGCGAAUUAUUAACAUGAGUCUUUUCGCUGGCUUCAUGUACAUACGCGGUAAUAUGAAGUUGAGCCAGGAUUUGACUCGAAUCGCCGUAGGGAAUAAUUUCAGAGGCAAUGCGAUCGCCGGCUUACUGCAGCAGCCCAGCUUGAUCUGGAUCUUCAAUUUCGGAUCUGCCGAAACCAUUCAAUUGCGUACGAUGACUCGUACGGAUGCUAGUAGCAAAUGUUCAUCAGCACCUUUCCACAAAAAAAAUUAGUACCUCCAAAGCCCCAUUUUUAGCACAGCACCUAUACCCUGGCUUUGUGGCCCUGAGCAGUCCCUGCAUCGAUGUUUUCGUUUGUUUCUGAAACAAGCGAGGACCGCGACGUGGCGCGGCAGCAUGCGCGGCUGGAUGACUUGGAGCACGAGCGGCGGGAAGGGCAGUUGUUGGAAGAGGUGCUCCAAGACAAGGUGAAGCGCAUCGAAGACUUGGAGGCGAAGGUCAGCAGUAGCGCCCAAAGUCUCCUGGCGCUGCAAGAUGACCUUGCAGCCUCUCGAAGAGCACAAGACGCACUUGACCAGGAGCGUCGACUGAAGCUGCUGGAGACUUGGAGGCAGGAAGAGGUGCAACAAGUCUUCAGCCGCUACGACCAGAAGAUCGAGUCGCUGACCCACAGAGUGGCGACGGAGGAGCUUCAGAAGAUCUUCCAGCCGUUGACGACAGAGGCAAAGCAGCUAACUGAGCAGGUGACCAUGCGGGUUGCAAAUCUGGAGGAGCAAGUGACGCAAAGCCAGGCCGGGCGCGGAAAGCGCCGGGUACGUUUACCUGGUGGACGGUGGAAGCAAUUUGAGUCAGAACACAAGUGAACAUAGGUGCGCUUGCAACGGUUUCAUUGAAACAAGCAUGGGAGAGAGAGAGAGAGGGAGCUGUGGACUCCUUAAAGACUCCUCAACAAUCCAUGUUCCAAGUUCUAACUGCUUGAUCAAAACCGAUCAUAGCGACGACCUGCUUGAGCAAUAGGGCAAAGCCACACUUAUGCAAACAGUGUGAUGAACUCUAGAAGAAACGAACAUUCUGAUUCUGCGCACUAUGACAUGACUCGCGUCUCCACAGCCAUAUGGCUUGUACUCGGACACUCGCGUGAAUCAAC